GUUUUGACGUGCGGAUGCGGCUCGGGCAAGCUGCGGUGGAUGUGAUUGAGCUCCAUGAUUAUCCCCUCUCGGGGCGAGAGUUCACAUCCAAAGGGAACGCGAACAGGGUGAUGUAACACCGUCUACCAGGGGGUGGCCGUCCCCUGCCGGAGUCGCACAGCCUCUGACACCCCCGUAACCAAACCACUAAGUGUGUUUGUGUAGCCGAAGCCAAGCACAAUGGGCAGUCUGGGAGAGGGAGUGGACCCGGGCAUGGUGAGCGAAGCUCUUCUGGAGGCCCUUUGCUCUGAAUGUGGACAGAUUCACCGCGCCUGCGAGAACCACCUUUAUAACUAUCGUCUGGAAGUGGAUGAUGAUUUGGUGUGCCACAUCUGCCUUCAGCCGUUAGUUCAGCCCCUGGAUACACCAUGUGGCCACACCUUCUGUGCCCGCUGCCUGCGCAGCUUUCUGCAGGAACGGGACUUUUGUCCGCUGGACCGUGCGCAUCUGCAGCUGCAGGUCUGCCGGCGCUCCAGCAUUCUGGUGCACAAGCUGCUGGAUAAGUUGUCAGUCACCUGUCCACUGACACCUUCUUGUUCUCUCAGCAUGCCACGCUGUGACCUGGAGGCACAUCUCAAACACAGGAUACACAAGCAUAAAGGUGGCCUCAAAUCCCAACAGAUAAGCCAGAAAACUAAUUUUGAGGUCUUUAAGUGGCGUUUAGAGUCAGGUGUCCAUGGUUUAGAGUGCGCUCCUCCUCGUGUAAAGCGUCCUCUCAGCAACCCGUGCAUUCAUCUUCUCCGCACUGGCAGUUCUGCCUCUUCAGGAUGGGACUUUGUUGAAACUCUGCCUUUUUCUGCUGAAGAAGGUUGUGUGAAACUUCCAUCUCUACCUGAGGGAGAAAUCACAACUAUUGAAAUUCAUCGUGCAAACCCCUACACAGAGCUGGGCAUAAGUAUUGUCGGUGGAAACGAGACCCCUCUGAUAAAUGUGGUAAUACAGGAAGUGUACCGGGACGGUGUUAUAGCUCGAGACGGACGGCUGCUGGCUGGUGACCAAAUACUUCAGGUGAACAACGUAGACAUCAGUAACGUGCCCCAUCACUUUGCUCGCUCUACCCUGGCCCGUCCCUGCACCACCCUGCAGUUGACGGUUCUGAGAGAGUGCCGCUGUUCUGCCAGGCCACCUGUGGCGACUGCUACACCCAAGGGCAGCCCUGCCAGCAUACGCAUCACCCUGCACAAGCGGGAAUCAUCAGAGCAGCUAGGGAUCAAGCUGGUGCGGCGUACAGAUGAAGCGGGUGUGUUUAUCCUGGACUUGCUGGAGGGAGGGUUAGCCGCUAGAGACGGACGACUUUGCAGCAACGACAGAGUGCUGGCCGUCAACGAGCAUGACCUGAGACAUGGCACGCCUGAGCAGGCAGCUCAGAUUAUACAGGCUAGUGGAGAAAGAGUCAAUCUGCUGAUUAGCCGGUCCAGCAAGCAGACUAUGGCCGUGCACAUAGGCUCCACCUUGACCAGGGACGUUUGGAGCCAUGAACACAUUCCGCCGCUUCCCUGCACUGCGACCCCAAGCCCCGUCCCAAGUCUGCACCUUGCCAGGUCUUCCACCCAGAGAGAUCUCUCCCAGUGUGUGACCUGUAAGGAGAAACACAUCACUGUGAAGAAGGAACUGCAUGAGUCUCUGGGUAUGACUGUGGCAGGGGGACGGGGCAGCAAGAGCGGAGAGUUGCCGAUCUUUGUCACAAGCGUCCAGCCCCAUGGCUGCCUGUCACGUGAUGGACGAAUCAAACGUGGGGAUGUACUGUUGAGUAUUAAUGGUCAAGAUUUGACCUAUCUGAGCCACAGCGAGGCAGUGGGCACUCUGAAGUCCAGCGCCGCGUCCUGCUCUGUCCAGCUGAGCGCACUAGAGGUGAACACAUUUGAAGAACCAGGCCCGGACGAAGAACUUCUCCCUCCGCACGAAAACGACUAUGACGCAAGCUGGUCGCCUUCAUGGAUCAUGUGGCUUGGACUUCCCAGCUACCUGCAUAGCAGUCAUGAGAUCGUCCUCCGCAGAAGUCACCCUGGCAGCUGGGGCUUCAGCAUUGUUGGAGGUUAUGAGGAGAACCACAGCAACCAGGCGUUCUUUAUCAAGACUAUCGUCCUUGGAACACCCGCUUACUACGAUGGCCGUCUAAAGUGUGGUGACAUGAUAGUGGCUGUAAACAGUCUGUCCACGGCUGGCAUGAGUCAUUCCGCACUGGUGCCCAUGCUGAAGGAGCAGCGGAGCAGGGUAGCGCUCACCGUCGUGUCCUGGCCAGGAAGCCUGAUCUAACCCCGCCAGGACACCAUGCCUCACCUCAGACAGCGCUCAUAUCUGUGUGUCCUGUGUUCUACUCUCUGCCACGGAGGCACCAUACUGUCAAAGCCAGUGUCUCGGAAAUUCGAAUGCUUUCACUUGAUGCUGAAUAAACCAGGCCUUAGAAAACCUGCCACGCCCAUGAGGCCACCCCUCUCUGGAGAGCAGCCUUAAGGUCUCCCCUCACCAUGCCGAUCAGCAGUCCACUCUACCGGAGGUUUUAUAUACAUGUUAUCUCUAAAUGUGAUCUGUUUGUGAAUGUUUGUGUUAAAGAGAGACUGAACAAAAGUGUAUGCGUGCAAGUAUGAAUGGAUGAAUGUGCACAGCUGUUUAAUAAAUCUUUCCCAGUGAGGAUA